UCUUCUGACCCGUACAAAAUGGGGAAAUUUGAGCUUUCUCACAGAGUUGUUUUGGCACCCCUAACAAGGCAAAGAUGCUUGGGCUAUGUCCCUCAGCCACCCAUGAUCUUAUAUUAUUCACAAAGAACAUCCAAAGGCGGGUUUCUUAUUGCUGAAGCUGCUGGUGUCUCUGACAUUUCCCAAACGUCUCCGGAGAUGCCAGGCAUAUGGACUAAAGAACAAGUAGAGGGCUGGAAACCUAUUGUGGAUGCGGUUCAUGCAAAAGGAGGAAUCUUUUUCUGUCAGCUAAUUCAUGUUGGAAGGGUUUUAGAUACUGCUAUACUGUUUGUUCAUUUGCCAAACGGGAAAUCCCCUGUGUCUUCCUCAAACAAAAAACUAGCAUAUCAACAACGAUCUCCGAAGAAGCUAACAACACAAGAGAUUCCGCUUGUUGUUGAUGAUUUCAGAGUUGCUGCAAGAAAUGCAAUUGAAGCUGGUUUUGAUGGGGUUGAGAUUCAUGGGGCUCAUGGCUAUCUAAUCGACCAAUUUUUGAAAGAUGAGAUUAAUGACAGAACAGACGAAUACGGUGGUUCUCUAGAGAACCGUUGCAGAUUUGCUCUUGAAGUAGUUGAUGCUGUUGUGAAGGAGAUUGGAGGAGAUAAAGUUGGCAUAAGAUUAUCCCCAUUUGCAAACUACUCGGAAUCAGGUGACUCAAAUCCGGAAACUUUAGGUCUUUACAUGGCUGAAUCUUUGAAUGAGUUCAAGAUUCUUUACUGCCAUAUGGUGGAACCAAGGAUGAAAUCAGUAUUUGAAAAAGUUGAUUGCCUUGAUAGUCUUGUCCCUAUGAGAAAAGCAUUCAAAGGGACUUUUAUUUCUGCUGGUGGGUAUGGCAGGGAAGAUGGUAACAAAGCUGUGGCUGAAAACAGAACCGAUCUUGUUGCUUAUGGUCGUUUGUUUUUGGCUAAUCCGGAUUUGCCAAAACGAUUUGAGCUUAAUGCUCCUCUUAACAAGUAUGACAGGUCAACCUUUUAUACACGCGAUCCUGUUGUUGGGUAUACGGAUUAUCCAUUCUUGGAAACCACAAUUUAAUGCUAGAAAAUGCCAAGUAGUUGGAAGAAAAUGAAGAUCCUGUUAACAUAGAAGUCUUGGAUGUUCUUGUGAAAUUGAGUUUACAGGGUGUGUAAACAUUGAUCAUUUCAA